UUUCUUCUGUCCCGCAUGAGUGUAUGGCUCUUGUGCCGAUACUGAGGGCGCUGUGCUGAGGGGAAGAGCCCAAGAGUUUGUCCACCGGCCACUGUGAACGGGAAAAGUGAACGGCAGCUACGUCUCCGCGCUCUCUGUCGGACGGACUCAUAUCGUGCGCUUUACUUUUUCCUCUCUCUCUCUCUCUCCCCCUCACUCUCUCCCUCACUCUCUCUCUCUCAGGUCGAAACUAACUACGACACAAGUGCCAGCUUUUGCAACAGGGGGUUUAAAGGAUAUCAUCGUCCCAAAGCAUGCCGAACCCUCCUCGCUGCUCGUAAACCGGACUCCGUUUUGCUUCGUGCCGCCGCAUGCCUGCAAUGCUCGCGGUGGAUGCGAACGCGCGACGCGGCUCAAUCAGGGACGGCGAAUAAUGAAUCACACGCGAGUUUUGUAAAGCAUCCGGACGACUUUUUGUAUCUCUCUUCAUUUCCCACGAACCGCAAGAUGAAAUGAUCGCUUUUUCCGGCGGCUCAUCGCCACAGUUUAACUCCUGGCUUUGUGAAAUCUCCGCGCAUCCAUCCGCCGUCGGGACUUUUCUAUAGGCUGCCGUUGACGAUAAUGCCUUUGGUGAAAGUUUGGAUGUACAGCUUUAACAGUGCAGCGUACAGUAGAUGUGUGUAACUCGAGGCGGGGUUAAAGUUCAGCUCUAUGGAGCGCUGAAGCGUCGCGCGCACUUCGCAGAGUUGGAAAUGUGAAAGCAAGAAGCGAGGCUUUAUUUUCCCUCUCUCCCUUCUUCUCUGUCUCUCCUUUUUUUCUCUUUUCAUACACACGGACACACGCAUAUACAUAUACACUCACAGCCCAUACAUUCACAUACACGCACACACAACACAUACAUAAACACGGCGAUUCGUUACAGUUAUCCAAACACACGCCAAAUCCAGGAGUCAAAACCGACAGAUAUGUAUUCUCCGCUAUGCCUAACACAGGAUGAAUUCCAUCCUUUCAUCGAAGCUCUUCUGCCCCACGUGAGAGCGUUCGCCUACACUUGGUUCAACCUGCAGGCCCGCAAACGAAAAUACUUCAAGAAGCACGAGAAGCGCAUGUCUAAAGAAGAGGAGCGAGCCGUAAAGGACGAGCUGCUCAGCGAGAAGCCAGAGGUCAAGCAAAAGUGGGCGUCGCGGCUACUGGCCAAGCUCCGCAAGGACAUCCGUCCGGAGUUCCGCGAGGAUUUCGUGCUCACUGUAACCGGGAAGAAGCCCCCUUGCUGCGUGCUCUCCAACCCCGACCAGAAGGGCAAAAUGAGGAGAAUUGACUGCCUGCGUCAGGCGGACAAAGUCUGGCGCUUGGACCUGGUCAUGGUGAUUUUAUUCAAAGGUAUUCCGCUUGAAAGUACUGACGGCGAAAGGCUGGUUAAAUCUCCGCAGUGCUCGAACCCGGGACUGUGCGUGCAGCCUCAUCACAUAGGAGUGUCCGUAAAGGAGCUCGACCUGUACUUGGCCUACUUCGUGCAUGCAGAAACAGGGCAGUCUGACAGUCCGAAUCAGCCCAGUGAUAGUGACAUCAAAGACCAGCCUGAAAACGGACACCUCGGCUUCCAGGACAGUUUCGUCACAUCGGGCGUCUUCACCGUCUCUGAGCUCGUGCGAGUCUCACAGACCCCUAUCGCGGCAGGAACCGGACCCAACUUUUCGUUGGCGGACUUGGACAGCUCUUCUUACUACAGUAUGAGCCCCGGGGCUAUGAGGCGCCCCCUACCCAGCACUUCUUCUAGCAGUUCUGCAAAGCGUAUCAAAUGCAUGGAGGACGAGGUGGACAGCCCAGGAGAGGAAUCCUACUACCCGGGUCAGGGACGCUCACCUGGCAGUGGAAGCCAGGCCAGCAGCUGGCAUGAAGUAGAGCCAGCUGGAUAUAAACUGCGUGGCUCGCUAGCUAGUUCGUUCAUCUCAAGACAAGGGAUGCCAUCGCCUACCACAUUAAAGAAGUCAGAGAAGUCUGGUUUCAGCAGCCCUGUGCCUACGCAGACCUCUUCCCCUCGAACGGCAUUCACACACCAUCAUCGACCUGUCAUUACAGGACCCAGAGCGAGUCCUCACGCCACGCCGUCAAGUCUUCAUUUCCCGACGUCGCCGAUCAUCCAACAACCCGGCUCGUACUUCCCCCACCACGCCAUCCGCUACCACCCCCAGGAGACGCUGAAGGAGUUUGUCCAACUUGUUUGCCCCGACAGUGGUCAGCAAGCUGGACAGGUGGGCUUCCUUAAUCCCAACGGGAGCAGUCAAGGGAAGGUGCACAAUCCGUUCCUGCCCACCCCCAUGCUGCCCCCACCUCCACCUCCCCCUAUGGCGCGACCCGUGCCCCUGCCCGUGUCGGACUCCAAACCUCCCUCGACCUCCACCGAGGGAGGGGGCAACUCCCCCACCUCGCCAACCUACUCCACACCGAGCACGUCUCCCGCUCAGCGCUUUGUCAGCGUGGGCCCAAGAGACCCCAGCUUUGUAAAUAUCCCUCAGCAGCCUCAGUGGUACCUGGGCUAAAGACUUUUGACACGGACCGGCCGCUCCAGAGGUCACAUGACCACCCCCACUGUCUCCCCUCAGUACGACCCGCAAAACAUGUCCACCAGUCUGAACAGAGAGAAGCCACUUGCUGCCCCAGUACUGGACAGACCCACAGCAU